GUAGUUGGAGAAGGACUGUGAUUCAUAACCUAAUUUUUUUUACGUGCGUGAUGUUUACGAUCUUUCGAUGAAAACGAACAAAUUGUAAAUAACAAUGGCAACCAAAAUAGUGAGAACUAAAAACAUAUCUAACCUAUUUAACAACUCGAUUUCGGUGUACUUAUCUCAAAAGACUACUCUAACGAAUUUCGCCAAACACCAAAAGACUUUUGUUGUAAAUAAUAGUUGUAAAUUUAGUUUAAGUUCAGUGGUAUCGGGAACGGCGGGUCAUGCAGAAACAACGAGUACAACACAGGGUUUAAACAAACUACAAGCUCAAGAACUUAUUUUGCGGCUCAAUGGCGAGGAAAGGAAUGUUUUGAUGACGGCCCUUCACGAAUAUCAGUCCAAAUUAGUUAAAGACGAAUACGAAGGUCAGCUAGCGGCAUCUAGAUGGAGGAGCAAGUUCGGUAGACCCAGUAAACUUCCGAGGCUCGGAGACGUCGAUCCCACGGGAACGUUUUGUACGUUCCCAGAAGACUGGCUUAAGAAAAAAAUGGCUGCUUCAAUUCCUAAACCGUCAACAAGAGACUUGAUAGACAUUGGCAUAGCAAAUUCUAUACCUUUCAUCGGAUUUGGAUUUCUUGACAAUUUCUUCAUGUUAGUGUUCGGAGACUACAUCGACCUCUACUUAGGCUCCUACUUCUGUUUUACGACGAUGGGAGCAGCAGCUCUUGGUAACACCUUAUCCGAUAUUUUGGGUAUCGGUUCAGCUUUCUACGUUGAAAGGCUAGCCAAUCGCAUCGGCUUCAAACCUCCCAAACUAUCACCCAUGCAGUUGGACAUGAAUUGCUGCAGGAAUUCGGCAAACGCUGGACGAGUCCUUGGAGUGACGUUGGGAUGUAUACUUGGUAUGUGCCCGUUGUUGUUCAAACGGGGAAGAGAAGACUCAGAGAAAGAGGAAAAUUUAGAAGACGGUUAAAGUACUGCCAACGAUAUAGAGUUGAUAGGUUUAAUCAAAAUUGGUUGCUGGAAAUUUACUGUUAUGUUGGAAUUUUUCUGACGACCGGAGAAUCUCUUUCUCUCAUACAACAGGUUUUUACUAAUUGAAAAAUAUUUACCAGGUUUUAAGUUUAUAACAUUUAUAGUCUUGUUUGACUACGACGUUUUAAUGUAUGAAUCCUGAUACACGAGCUGUUGCUGCUCAAAGCGAGAUCUAGGUUAUUUUUGUGGUUCUAAAACUAUUUUCUUCUGGCAGUUUGUAUUUUCAGAACAAUUUGAAGAUGGAAACGAUAAAUAUAUUGUGUUUUCUAAAAAGAAUCUUAUAUUUUAAGUAGUUAAUGGAAAUAUCCUUCCUUUAAAUUAAAUCCUUGGCGUCACCUCAUUCUCAUAGGGUGGAUAAUUUAGUAUCUUAGUUAUUUUGUAUAGUAUAUUAUGGCACGAAUAUGUAAUGAUGAUCAUUAUAAUGCAAGUAUGAGGAUACGACAUGAGCCGCGCAGCGGCGAAUGUUGUAUAUGAUACGAGCGACAUAAUGGCAAUUUAAUGCAAGUUUUCCAUGAUUUUUUCUACGAUCUUUUAUACACGAAGCCUACUGUCAGAAUUAUGUAUCAGAAAACAGACAUAUUAGGGCGUCGAUCGAAAGUACACAACUUUCAGAUAUUACGAUUUUUGACCUAUGAAUGACCCUCUUCCUAAGCACCCCUUGUGUGAGGGUGAUCAUAAGGAGUCAUUUAAUAAUUCCGCAGGUAGACUGUACGGCAGAAUACUACGAGAUAUAAUAGAAAGUCAACAUGAGGACUGAGAGGUGCAGAGUGGUUUUAGAGCAAGAAGAUCUGUGUAUUGAUAACCUGUUUUGUAUAAAACAAUUAAUUGAAAAAUCACUAGCAUAUGGGAUACAGCUAUAUCUAGUAUUUAUAGAUUUGAGGAAAGCCUAUGACAGUGUACCGGUAAAUAGACUUUGGGAAUCUCUAAUAGAGAACAAUGUACACCCACAGUACAUUAAUGCGGUGAAAAGUUUUUACCAAGGAAACAGUAGUUAUAUAAAAACGAGAGAUGGACACCCAGAAUACUUUCAGGUUAACAAGGGUCUAAGACAGGGAUGCUGCCUGUCCCCUACCCUCUUCAAAAUUUAUAUAAACACGGCUCUGAAGAAAUGGUUCAGAAAAUGUAAGAAAAUAGGAGUACAAAUAGAAGAGGGUAAUCUGACUACUUUGUUAUUUGCUGACGAUCAGGUGGUUCUAGCGGAGUAUACAGAGGACGCUGCUUAUAUGGUUCAAAAACUGAUAGAGGAGUAUGAAAAACAGAAUAUAUGACAAUUGGCUGCACAGACGAAGAUCCAGACUUAGAAGGAAAAAUAAUAAAAAACACUAAAAAAUAUAGAUACCUGGGAGUUAUAUUGACGGAAGAUGGAAACGACGAAACAGACAUACAACAAAAAUUAGGUAGAGGAAGAGCCAUCACAAGUCAGAAAACACAACUAUAUAAAACAUUUAUUGAAAUUACAGCUACAUAUGGCUCAGAAAUCUGGACAAUAAAUAAGAAAAUGCAGAACCGAAUAAACGCAGUAGAGAACAAUUUUUGGCGAAGAUGCUGUAGAUUAACAUUACACGAUCAUGUAACAACAGAUAGAAUAAAAGAAAUGAUGAAGGUGGAAACAACAUUAACGGAUACGAUAGAGAGAAAACAACUAUCCUGGUACGGACACAUGAGAAGAAUGAUGAGAGAUUACCGAUUAAAACCUGGAGGUGGAUCCCAAAAAGAAGAAGGAAAAAAGGAAGACCAAAAAAGUCUUGGGAAAAAGGGAUCAAUGUAGCCAUGAACAGUGACCCGUCAAAAUAGCCCGGUCAAAACAGCCCCGUCAAAAAAGCCCCGUCAAAAUAGCCCGAACACAAAAAUAGCCUCGACAAAAUAGCCCGCAAACAAAAUAGCCCCGACAAAAUAGAUCGCACACAAAAUAGCCCCGGUCAAAACAGCCCCGGUCAAAACAGCCCCGGCUAAAACAGCCUCUUAUAAACAAUUACAUAAUUAUUUAUACAAGGUGUCCAAAAACUUUUUUUUAAUUUAAAUUAUUUGACAAAAAGAAGAAUGUAUUUAAUUUAUUUAAUUUAAAAUGCAUUUUACUGUUGCCCGAAAACAGAAAAAAAUGUUUAUAUCAUAAACAAACAUUUAUUUUCGCUUAACUUAAAUGUUCAAACUUCCAAGAGGCAGGGAAGACAGGACUCGAGUUCUCUGAAAAGACCAUUUUUAUUUAAUGUGGUUAAGAUAAACAUCUGAAUAGCGGAUAAUUACCAUUUCCGAAAAAAUGUAUUUUUAAGGAAUUAUUUCAUGAUGAAUUCUGAAGGGAGCUUUUUUGUCGGGGCUAUUUUGUCGGGGCUAUUUUGUCGGCGGGCUAUUAUUCCGCGGUUAUUUUGUCUGCAGGCUAUUUUGUCGGAGCUAUUUCGUGUGCGGGAUAUUAUGGCGGGGCUAUUUUGUAGGAGUUUUUUUGACGGGGCUAUUUUGACGGGGUACCGCCGUGAACAGAAGAAAUAUAGAAAUAGAUUCAUGACAAAACAGAAAACAAUGGCGUUCGAAUUGCGAUUAACGGCCUAUGAUGCUGUAAAACAGUCGCUAUAUAUAUAUACAUUUUAUAAUUUGGCUGCUAUGAUUUAAAUAGAUAAUUUUUAGCUGCUACUAUAUUUCGUUACUUACUUUUACUUAUAUUUUAAUUGAAUUUAGCAACAAAAGUUUCAAACAAAAUAAUUUUAUGGUAGCAUCUUACCAAAUAGAUAUCACUUUUAUUCUUUUUCUAGUUCCAUGACCACUAUCGAACCAUAUUCAUCAUGGUUUUAUUGACAGCAGCCCUCAAUAAUGAUGUAGUCAAUUUCGGUACCGUUUUCUUAAGUUUUUAAGCCAUGAUUUUUUUCUUGGGCCAGUUCUUAUGAAACUGGUAUUCUUUCCUCUUUAUGCUAGUGUACAUUUGAAAUUAUUCGUAUCUCUUUAUGCUUCAAUCCAACUGUUUUCAAUUUUUUUUUAGCAUGUUGUUAUGCCGGACAUCAUCAAAAGGCGUUCCAAAAUCAAUUGUGCAGAAUUUUACAUUUUUUUACAACAGAUAAAAGUAAACGCCUUGUACAUUACUUUUUAACAUCUCCAGAGAAUCGUCGCCUAGACAAUUUUUAUGGAAUUCAAGCCGCUAUUAUACUACUUGUUCUUUAAAAUGUCAUUCGAUUAUUACUUAGCACUCAAUUGAUCCCGAUAAAUUUUUAAUAUUUUUAAUAUUUCUGUAAUACUUUAACUACAAGUAAUUAAAUUUUUGCUUAUUUUUUUAUUAAGAACCAUAUCUUGCGUAAGUAUUUUUUAAUUUUUAUAAUUAUAUCGUUGAUUGAUAAAUAGGUAUACCAUGGUAUAUUUAUCAAUCAACGAUUUUAUAUUUUUCAAUUUACAGUAAGCGCCACGCUAGUAGACACACGGGUACCUAAUUUCUAGACUUGGGCUAAUCCGGCCCGUUCUCACCUGUGACUUUCAAGUCUGUCAUGUCAUACGACUGUCAUGAAACUACUCAAAGUAAUUGUUUUUCCAUACAAAAAAUUCAUUAAUUAAUUACUGCAUUAAAAAAACUUUAUUUUAACACCAAGAAUAUUACAAUAUUUUAUAAAUUUUACAACUUUAACACAAUGACUAGUAUAAACCUCAAAUAUAAACUUCAAAAACAACUUCUAUAAACUGUCAACUUUCUAUGUUUAUAUUGGUUUCUAUACGUUUUCUGACGUUCUAGAUGUCAGUAGACAUAAAAGUAAACAGUGCAACAAGGGAAAGGUCCAGGACUGUAUUAGUUCAAUGUACCUGUGUGUCUAGUAUCGUGGUGGUUACUGUAUGUUGACUACUAUGUAAAUUCAUCAAUUUGAAAUAUUAGUUUAACCCCAGUGUUUAUAAAAAAACAUAACAGUAAAUUGUCAAGUAACUCGCAACAGCAGAACCAAAAUUGUAUAUAGUAAAUAGAAUGUGCAAUUGUUGAAUGGUGCCAUGUUGUAUGUAGAUACAUUACACUAUGUCUUUGUAAAUCAGAUAAUCAGUUGGCGAAAUAUACUAUUUAAGAUCAUAAAAAUAUUUUCGAGUUUCCGACUUUUUUCAUUCCUCGUUUUCGUCUUUAGUCAAAUUAAAAUAGUUUAAACGUGAUUAAACAUGUUACUUGUUGCAAACAAGCAGCAACUAUAAGCCAGUGUAGAAGAUCUUUCAUGUUGUUAAGCUGUUAAAAAAUCAAAUCGGUGUCUUUUUUUCUUAUUUUACUUUUGCGAAUUUAACUGUUGUAAGUUUCUGCAGUACGUUACCCAUCUGUUUUAUGGAACUUCUGAUCAAUGUAUUGCGAUGAAUUACUGGUCACACUUAUUGUUAUAUCCAGUAUGAAUAUUGAAAGGUAUAGAAAAAACAUCAAGCUUGGCUCCUAUCAAACACCUACUUGUAUUGAUAAUACAAGAGGAAGGAUAUGUCCACCAAUGUCAUAACUUUGUAAGUGUCAUUUGUCAAAUGUCACUUAACAUAAUUGUUGUCUUUUUUGGUAUAUAGGUAUACCCUAUCUUAUAGUAAAUUGAAAUCACACAGACUCAGUUUCUUUUAAAAAGAUAGUACUUAAGUAGUAACAGAGUGCAGAAAAGACUUCUAUUGUGAUGGCAAGCUUUGAAGUGCAAUAUGUCGAAAAUGUCAGCUUCACCUGUCACAUACUAAACGAGUGACGUAUCAUACAAAAGGUGAAACCGAUUUCACAAUAACUAAUAUAAAAUUUGAGCGCCAUCUAUUGGUAGCAUCUUUACAGACCGCCAUCUAUGAGCGUUAGUGCAAACUUAACGUUUGUUACAUCUAAAUUUAAAAUAUAAUAAUUCUUAUUUUUCGUGUACUGAUUAUUUGUUUUAUAUAGACCAUAAAAAUCUUAUUGCUAGGUAAUAAUGUUCCGUAAUAUUAUUAUAUAUUUGUAUUAAACUUUGCAUAGUUUAUUUCUGUAAAUAAGACUAUUUAUUGCAAUAAUAUUUUCUAUUUAAAAUAUAGUGACACUUCUAGGCUUCUAGUUGUGCCAUCCCAUUUUUGUCUAUCAAUCAAUUGAUAAUCAAAACAAAUAUUUUAUAGGGGAGUGCAAUUAGAACGAAAAGAUACAAUGUUUCGGAAAAAAUCAAACAAGGUUAUAUUUUUCUAAAACUUUUUUUGUUAGUUUAUAAAUAUGUUAAAGUAAAAAGUUCUACUCACAAAUUUCGCCGCUAAUUGUUUAUUAAUUGUUUAAACAAUAACAAUUGUUUUGUAUAAAUAAUGUUAAGAAUAUGGGUUCAACAUUUUAUUUUGAUAAAAAAUGUUUUUAUUUUAGUUCUAAUUAUGCUGAACCCGAAUCUGAUAUUACAAUUUGCAAAUUCAAAAUGGCGGAUUUUUUCCUAUAAAUCCUUAAAAAGUAGUUGUAAAAUCCGAUUUUUUUUAUAAAACGUGUUUGUUUACAUAUAUGUGGAUAUUUUUGAGAGGUUGCUGAACCUGAAUCAAAUUUUGAUAAUUUAAAUUAUAAAAUGGCAGAUCCAAAAUGGCGGAUAACUUAAAAAAUAGUUGUAAAGUCAUAAUUUCUUUACAAAAUGUAUUUAUUUCUACAUAUAUUUAUUUUUGAGAGCUUUGAUAAACCUAACUUAAAUGUUAACAUUAUAAACUAUAAAAUGGCGGAUCCAAAAUGCGGAUUUUCUAAAAAGAACAUAAAAAAGAACAUUUUUCUAAAACGUUUGUCUUUGUUUUUAACAGGUUGUUGAAUCUGAAUUAAAUAUUAAAAAUUUAAAUUUCAAAAUGGCUGAUAUUUAAAUGAAAAACAAGUAGAAUCCAAUCAAACAAAUAUGGAAUUUCACUCUUAAAAAAAAAGAUAAACAAAUAAUUUUCACAAUAAUACUAAAAAUUAAAAUGUAUUAGAAAGAAAGAACAAAUUAUUCAAAAUCUAUCUCUUCAAUAUCACCUCCAACUACGCUGACAUCUUCGCUUUCUUCAAUUUCUUGUUCAUUAAAAACGGGACAAUUCAAACAGUCUUGUCCGAAACAAUGAGAAUAAUAUUGAUAAAAUAUAAUAUUUUAUAUUUGCAUAUUAAGUGUUAGACCAUGCACAGCUAUUUAUGACGAAUAACUUUUUUUAUAAAAUUAAUAAUAAAACAGUUAUCGUAAAUAAUAAGUGAAAAUUUAAUUAUGUUGGGUAUAAUUAAUUUUAAACAUUAUUUAAAAAAAAUUCGAUUAGAAGGAUAUAAUUACAUAUUGGAACAUAGUUUUUAAUUCCAAACUUUUCUUUAUAAAAAUUUUCGAUAUUGUGAAAUAUAAAGGUACUUUACUCUUGAGUGAAAUUCAUAUUUUUUGACAUACCUCGUACAAAAUUAACAAAAUUUGAUAUUUGAUGGUUGCAUCUUAUGUUAUAUACGAUGCAGAGUAUUUUAUAAAGAAUAACUUUUUUUCGUAAAACUGAUAUUAAAAAAGUUAUCAAUAGGUUCCAAGUUACGCAGACAUACUGUAUAAGAGAUAAAAAAUUUUUUUUGUUGUACAUUUAUUAUUGUUGAAGCUUAUUAUUAAAUCUAUUUUAGGUAAAUUUUACAGACAAAAAGUUCACUCUGUAUAUACAUUUUUUCAGCUGGUAAUUUUCGGUUUUUGUAUUACAUUUUUGUUAUCUUUCUUAGUUUUCUCAAAAAGAAAUUGUUUAUUUCAUUUUUAAACUAAAAUAAUUUAGUGUUUUUUAAAGACUACAUCCUAAGCUUUAAAAAAAUAUCAAAAAAAGUGUAUUAGAUUUAUUCAAACUUGAGUAAUACCGUCUUAAAGUGGUGGUAAUUCUGUAAAACUACGAAGUUUGCAAAAAUUACAUUUUUUGAGACAUCGUAUUAUUUGAAUUAAAUUUUUGAGAUUUUUGUUGAAUGAAACAUCGUUUAGUAAGAUAACUGAGAGGUAAGUUAAGCAAAUUUUAGAGUUUUAUAAGUAAAAUUGUAUUAGUUACACAUUUUUAAAUCAUUUUUAAACAAAAUUCAUGUAAGGCUCAUUUUCCGCCCACACCGUACUUAUUUCCAUACAUUUUAUUUCUUUUUAUUGCAACCAUAAGAUAGCUUAUUUCAGCUUCUUUCAUGUCCAAUUUGUAAAAUUUCUUUUGAUCCAUUAAUUAAAGAAUUACAUUCAAAAAACUCAACCGUGCACUUCUUCCAACGCUAGUUUACAGUCCGCCAAUGUGUGUGAGAAGGGUGACUUUAGCGUUAUAAAUAAAAAAUUACAGAAGCUAGAGAUUUAAUUUUAGAAAAAUCUUUAUAUAACGUUUUUUUUUGGAAAAUUUUCUGAAUUUUUCAAUGGUCACGUCAGUUUUUUUCUAAAAAUUAUAUUUUCGGAGUUAUUUAAAAAACAUUCAACUUCUCUGUUCAUUUGUUUAAUAAAAAAUGAAGCACCCACUUCUCGAGUAGAACUUUUUGAUAUGUUGUUUAUUAAACAUUUCUUAAUGAAAUUACAAAAAGUUUUAUCUUGUUUGAUUUUUUCCGAAGUGAAAAUCUAAAUGCACUCCCCUAUUAAUGUAAAUUUCAUUUUACACAAAAAUAAUUGCAUAGAUAUAGUUUUUGGAGACCUCAAUAAUAUUGCAAAUAUCAUUUAUUGGAGCAUUCUUAAAGUAUUUCACUUUUGUACUUUACCAUUUGCUAUAAUACUCUAGGCCAUGUUUGCUGCUGUUUCAUUUAAUUUUACAAAUUAGAAGAAACAAACUAACUUGAAUUAGACAACUUUUAUUAAAUAACCAUGAUAUACCCAUUUUAUUUUUAACAAUUUAUAUUUGACAAACAGGGAAACUGAUCCGCAACCGAAUAUGGGAACACAACAUGAUUUGUUCUUAAAUAGAAGUGUCGCUAUAUAUUAUUUGUUGUCUAUUUUACAAGUUUUAUUAUCUUGACUGUUAUACAAUUAUAUAUUUUAAGAACCUCUGUUAUAUCGGUAUGAAAAAUAGUGAGAAUUAUGACAGGAAUAAAAUGAUUUAAAUAAAAAAAAAA